AUGCCAUCACCGACUCCGUCACAGGUCCCCGUUUCCCCACUCCGCCUCCCAACAACGUUCAAUUUCGCCCGCGACAUCGUCGACCGCUGGGCGAGUGAAUCCCCAUCGCAAAUCGCGUUGCACUGGACGGACCAGACCCUCACAAGUACCAAAAAACUGACGUACCGGCAUUUCUCUCGACAGUCGCACCGCAUCGCCACACUACUCGCCUCGCUCGGAAUCAAGCAGGGCGAGACAUGCAUCCUGAUCUCGUCGCGGAUCCCCCCGUGGUGGGAGGUCGCGACGGCGUGUCUGCGGUCCGGCGUCAUCAUGUGCCCGUGCACGACACUGCUGGUCGCCAAGGACAUCGAGUCGCGCUUGCUGGUGUCGCAGGCCGCGGCGUUCAUCGGCGACGAGGCCGCCGUCGCGAAAUGUCUCCAGGUGCGGCGCCAGUGUCCGAAGCUCAGGACUGUGAUUCAGAUCGAAGGAGUCGUGUACCCGGGGUCUGAACAUGGUAGUGAAGUCAUUGAUUUCCAGGCGGCGCUGGAGAAGAUCCCACCGGAUGCAGAGUAUGCCGUCCCAUUGUCGCUAACGCCCAAGUCCCAGGCCCUCACGUUCUUUACAUCGGGAACCACAGGCCCGCCGAAAGUCGUACUGCACACGCAGACAUCGUAUCCGCUCGCGCACGCCCUGACGGGCAUCCACUGGCUGCAACUAUCGCCCGGGGAAGUGUACUGGAACCUUUCGGAGCAAGGGUGGGCGAAGGCGGCAUGGUCGUUCUUCAGCGCGUGGAACUGCGGCGCGACACUGUUCGUGCACGACGACAGACUGGCGUUCAGCGCGGAACGGACGCUGAGGGUCUUGAACCGCUUUCCCAUCACCACGCUGUGUGCCCCGCCCACGGUCUAUCGGCAGCUGGUGCUCGAGGAGAGUCGGAAGUUCUUUGCGUCGGAAGCAGGGAGGCCGAUGGCCCUACGCCAUUGUUGUGGUGCCGGGGAGCCGUUGAAUGAGAGUGUCAUACGCACGUGGAAGGAUAUGACUGGCGGGAUUGAGAUCUUUGAUGCGUAUGGGCAGACGGAGACCAUUGUCAUCUGUGCAAACCAGAGGGGUAAUCCGGUUAGGCCGGGCAGUAUGGGAAAACCAGUGCCUGGUGUGCCGUUGACCGUUGUGGAUGCAGAGGGGAACGUUACGGCGGAUGAGGUUGAGGGUGAUAUCGCGAUUGUGGUGUCAUCUGGGUCCUCUGGCGAUGAGAAGAACGCCUUCUUCGGGAUGUUCGAGGGGUAUAUCGACCGUGCGACAGGGAAGAUCGAUAACAAGAUCAAGACUUACGCGAACGGAAACCGGUUCUUCAUCACGGGGGACCGCGCAAGUCGGGAUUCAGACGGGUAUUUCUGGUUCGUGGGCCGGAGCGACGAUGUUAUCAAUUCCAGUGGCUACCGGAUCGGUCCAUUUGAAGUCGAAUCAACACUGAAACUCCACCCCUCGGUCGUCGAAUCCGCAGUCGUGUCCUCGCCGGACCCGGCGCGCGACGAGGUCGUGAAAGCGUUCGUCGUCCUCACAGACGCUGCGUUCUCCAAGAUCAAAGGAAAUAAAGAAGCAGAAACAGCAAACCUUGUCAAGGAACUCCAGGACUUCUGCAAGGAGAAUGCCGCGCCGUAUAAGUACCCACGCAAGAUCGAAUUCGUCGAUGCAAAGUUCCUGCCUAAGACUAUCAGUGGGAAGAUCAAGAGGGCCGAGUUGAAGGCGUUGGAGAGGAGGCGGUUUGAGGAGGCGAAGAGGGCGAGGUUGUGA